GAAAGCUUUCAAAAUGGCGGAUCAACGAGUGUCAUGUGGUCGAGAUUUCUUCUGUGUUCCGGAUCUUGCUGGAGCGUUGAAGAAUGCUACGAACGGAGGGUUUGAUUUCAUCUGUGUUCCCAUCUGUCAUCCAAGAUACCGGAGAGAAUUUCUGGAGCCUGUACCGGAUCGGACUGGUGCGUUUACACGAUCGGAUCUGGUAUUGCCGAGUCAAGAUUGGAACAGUCUAAUUGUUGGUAAAAUCUCACCUUGGCUAAACUUGGACUCACUGAAUGAGACUGUAAGGAAAAACUCAGAGAAAGCUCUACAUCAGGAGUUGUGUUAUUGUGUUCACUUGAGUCUUCCAGCUGUUCUUGUUCAAUUGAAAAGCUACAACUGUGUUAACCUCGCCCAGCACAUCAACACAAGUAUAACUGACACACAUGUCCAACAGGUCUGGGUUCAUGUUCCUAUGAAAAGUCCUGAGGAUGAUUGUGAUAAAAAUUUGUUUGCUGAGGAGGAAGAAGUUUCAGGAAAUGAGUUGGAGAAAGAUCCUUGGGAAUGGUGGAAUUUGUUUAGAACCAUUUGUGGGAACAGCAAAAGAGUUGGCCUGGCAUUGGAGAUCUCUGCUGAAUUGCCUUCAGAGGAGGAAUUAGAAAGAUGGUGUGGGGAACCAGUCAAAGCAGCAAUCUUACCCACAAGUUUGUUUCUUACAAAUAAGAAGGGUUACCCUGUGUUGCCUAGAGCCCACCAAGCAUUUGUUAGGAGAUUGUUUAGGCUAAAUACUCAACUGAUUUUGACUGGUGUAAACAAGCAUAAGGACAAGGGAUUAGGAUUUUAUUACCAGUACCUUGCCCACCUUUAUCAGACACAGCCAGAGUUGGACAACUUGAGUCAGUUUGCCAAGGGGUAUGAGGACUACCUUCAAUGUCCCCUACAGCCGUUGAUGGACAAUCUUGAGUCUCAAACCUAUGAAAUAUUUGAAAGAGAUCCCAUUAAAUACAGACAGUACCAAAAGGCGGUGCACCAGGCGUUACUGGAUAGAGUUCCAGAAGACAAGAAAGAUUCUGAUGUAACAGUGAUAAUGGUGGUGGGUGCAGGGCGUGGUCCCUUAGUGAGAGCGUCACUGACAGCAGCUGAGGAAUCAGGACGGAAAGUCAGAAUAUAUGCAGUGGAGAAGAACCCAAACGCUGUUGUCACAUUGGAGACAUUGAAAGAAGAGGAAUGGAAUGGUGACGUCACUGUAGUCUCAUCGGACAUGCGCGAAUGGGAUUCUCCCGAACAGGCCGAUAUACUUGUGAGCGAGUUGCUGGGAUCUUUUGGUGACAAUGAGCUUUCUCCAGAGUGUUUAGAUGGAGCACAGAGGUUCCUGAAAGAUGAUGGGAUCAGUAUUCCCUGUGAAUACACGUCUUUUCUUGCGCCAAUAUCUGCUCCCAAAUUACAUUACGAUGUGUCACAGGGAAACGACACAACCAAGGGACCCCUGGCCCCGUUUGAGACUCCGUACGUUGUAAGACUUCAUAAUAUCACCGCUAUGUCACCACCGCAGCAGUGCUUUGUUUUCGCACAUCCAAACAGAGCUAGCAGAAUCGACAAUUCUCGAGUGAAAUCACUCGAAUUUGAUGUGAAGACGAGUUUUACAAUGCACGGCUUCGCUGGAUACUUUGAAACAGUACUCUAUGGGGACAUUAUGUUAAGUAUCAAACCAGACACUCAUUCGGAAGGCAUGUUCAGCUGGUUUCCAUUUUUCUUUCCCAUAAAGGAACCGCAGUAUGUUACUGCGGGCUCAACAGUAGCCUGCCACUUCUGGAGAAAAUGCACACCGAAAAAGGUCUGGUACGAGUGGUGUAUAUCACGUCCCGCCCCAGUUCCCCUUCAUAAUCCCGGAGGAAGAUCUUACGUCAUUGGACUCUAAACCGUUGAAAAUAGUUGUGUGUUUUCUGUUUGUACCUUUCCUGUCAAUAAAAGACCUGAGAGUCGAUAUUUCUUUUUUAAAUGAUGAGUGUUAGGGCCUACUAUGUAAUUUUUUUUAUUUUACGCAUUUGAAGUCGAUAACUGUCAAAUUGUUUCAGAAGAAUGGUAUGUACAAUUGAGCAGAGAAGGUAUUUAAGCAGUAUCAUCGAUAUUAAGUAGAACCCUUUGCAGCAAAACGUUUCUGUUUGAAUCGUUAUUGCUGCAAUAAAACCCGCUACCGUAUCAUAAACAGAACAUCUGAAGUAAUGAAAUGCUUGUUUCAGUUAUUGUCUUUUGGUUUACGCUUCUUUUGGCCACUAUUUUUUCUUUUCGUUUAAGAGAACGCUCUUAGUGACCGGAAUUGUUCGCAAGGCUUGCAAUUUUCCUUCUUAAGGUGGAAAGUAACUCAAUUUUAAUUUCGUGAGACCAGUAUCUCGUCGCCAUCACGAUAUUUCCAAUUUCUCUGAUAACCGAUGUUUGAUUAAAAGGAAAUGUUAUUUUUAAA